CAUCUAAACCCUAAAAGUUCAUCAAUGGCGGAAGAGGCGAUUGGCAAUGGCAUCGCAUCGGACGUCGAUUAUCAGACGGGAGAAGAAGAUUUGAUUUCGAGGCGAGAUACUGAUCUUGGUAAGGAUACCAAGAUUUCGGAGUUGAACCGAAAGAUCGCAGCGCUGGAACAGGACAAUUCAGAAUUGAUACGUGAGAAGGGAAAGAGAGACGCAGCAAUCAAGGAAUUGAAGGAAGUGAUCGAAGGAUUAAGGACUGAUGGUGCUACGAUGAAGAAGGAGAUCGAACAGUCCUCUGAAGACAAGAAGGCUGUGCAAGUUAUCUCGGCCCGUGCUUUGGAGUUGGAAACGGAGGUCUCUCGCCUACAGCACGAUCUCGUGUCCUCGAUGACGGAGAGCGAUGAAGCGAAGGAGGAGCUACGGAAGUUGAAAGAUGCUUUACAAGAGCUUACACGGAGCAAUCUGAAUAAGCAGGCGAAGAUCGAAGAUCUUGAGAAGGAGAAAGCUUCUCUGCAGGAACGAAUCGAACGUGAGGUUGCAGAGAUGAAGAAAUCCAAGUCGGAGAGUGAGAAGUUGAAGAAGGAGUGGGACGAAAUGGAGAAGCUGAAAUCUUCUCUGGAAGAAGCUCUGAAACAAUCCCAAGAGAAAUUGAAGGAGACGGAGGCUAAGGCUAACCGUUUGCAGAAUGAACUUGUAGAAUCGGAGAAAUCGGUUAGUAAAUUGAAGGAGACGGAAGCGAAGGCUAACCGUUUGCAGAAUGAACUAGAAGAAUCGGAGAAAUCGGUUAGGAAAUUGAAGGAACUGAACUCCAAUUGCACUGCGACGGCCAGGGAGUUAGACGCUGCGGAUGCGGAGAAGGGGUCGAACGGUCUGAAGCUUCAGUGGCAAACGGCAGUGGCUUCCACCGGAACUGUUGCCGCAGCGGCGGCUAUUUUGUAUCUCAACUAUGCCAGGCGAAGGUAGGGAGGAAAAGAGGGUAGAGACCGACAUCUAAUCAAAAAUAAAAAAAAAAGGUGAGGGUUUCAUGUUUUGACUACGAUUUCGUAUUGUUCUUCUGUUAAAUUCUCUGAUUUUUUACCUGGAUUUAUACCUGAGUCUAAUCACAGAAGAACCGUAUAGAUGGAAUACACUAGAAAGACGAAUGAGAUCAUUCUUCAUUUUGGUUUA